GAAAAAUGACACGACAUGCUUAUUUGGUUAUUUUACUUUUGCGUCUCGGGUUAAUGUGUCCUCUUGUAACUGGAAUUUUUAUGGACAAGCUUGCCAGCAAGAAGCUGUGUGCUGAUGACAACUGUGUCUACACUAUUUCCCUUGCCAGAGCAGAAGAGGAUUAUAAUGCUCCAGACUGCAGAUUCAUUAAUAUUAAAAAAGGGCAGUUGAUUUAUGUUUACUCAAAACUAGUGAAAGAAAAAGACUCUGGAGAAUUCUGGGCUGGAAGUGUUUAUGGAGAACAGUAUGAAGACCAUAUGGGGACAGUUGGUUAUUUCCCUAGCAGUUUAGUCUCAGAACAACAUGUCUAUCAAGAAGCCAAUAAGACCGUUCCUACAACGGACAUUGAUUUCUUCUGUGAAUAGCGCUGAAAGCGGCCAGGUAAUCUCUUGGCUGCUACCAGGGAAAGUUGACAGGAGGAAACCUGGACACCCUCCCUGAACAC